AUGGAUUUCGAACCUCCAUUGCAAGAAGCAUGCAAGGACUUCUUAGAAAAUGCCCCAAUAAUUGACAAAUUUCCAGAGGUUGAGGAAUGUGAGCUACCUGUGAUCGAUCUUAGCCAUCUGGAUUCUGAUCACGUAAACAGAGACGAGUGUAUGAACAAGAUUGUUCAAGCUGCAAGCCAGUGGGGCUUCUUUCUUGUUGUGAAUCAUAGGAUUCGACCACAAGUUCUGAACAACAUACAAGAUGAGCAAAAGAAGGUGUUUCAUCAGCCUUUCGACAAAAAGAAAGAACAAACAUAUUUGAACUUACCUGCCUGUAGUUAUCGUUUGGGAAUCCAGAAGCUGCUUGUCUCCAACAGUUCGCAUGGGAGGAAGCCUUUCAUAUGUCUAUGGCCAACGUUCCAGGGAUUAAUGAACAACACCAGAGUCUUAGGUCGGCAAUUGAAAGCACACGGGAAGCGUGCGUUUCAUUUAGCUGAAAGCUUAGCUGAAAUUUUAGCCCAGCCUUUGGGUCUUGAAUCAACCUAUAUUAAGGAUCACUUUCCACCAGAAACCAGUUUUCUUCGACUAAACAGAUACGCUCCCUGUCCAUUUUCUUCCCAAGUCUUCGGCUUCUUCCCUCACACAGAUAGCGAUUUACUAACAAUAGUUCACCAAGACCAAGUAGGUGGUUUAGAAUUGUUUAAAGAUGGAAGAUGGGUUGGAAUAAAGCCUAAUUCUAAAGCUCUGGUUGUCAACGUUGGGGAUCUGUUUGAGGCCUUGAGCAAUGGUGUUUACAAGAGCAUCAAGCACAGGGUGAGGGCCAAUGAAAAAGUUGAAAGGUUUUCAGUGGCAUUUUUCUUCUGCCCCACCAUGGAUACCGUGAUACAGAGUUGCAGUACUACUGAACCAGCUGUGUAUAAGAGCUUCACUUUUCAGGAAUAUAAAGAGCAAAUGCAAAAGGAUGUUCACGAGCUAGGAGAUAAAUGUGCUAUUGAUUUGAAUUUGGAGGAUUUUAGUCAGUUGGUUUUUAUUCUAUGGAAUAUAUGGAAAGAACGAAAUGAAAGGUUAUGGAACCAGAAGAAUAUGGGGGCAUAUGAGGAUGUCUCCUUCCCAGCCCAGACUGCUACAACCUCUAGGAUGAGGCCUACUCGGUCUACCCCACGUUGGGCUUCUGGUAGCAUCGUGGGCCAGGGGAGAUAUUUAUCGACUACCGAUUACGAGUCCCCCAAGUUCAGUUCAAGACACGUCUUGAGUGGGGACUUGAAGAAAUGGCCCGCGAUUUGUCGAAUUACCAACGGGUACCCGUUCCUAGUCCCCCCAAGUUCGUACUCAGGAUAUGUUUAA